GCGCUGCGGGUGGUGGCCCGGUGCCGCCCCAUGAGCCGGCGGGAGGAGGCUGCGGGCUGCGAGCGCGUCCUGGAGCUGGAGGUGAAGCUGGGCCGGGUGACCAUCCGCAACCCCCGCGCCGCUCCCGGAGAGCUGCCCAAGACUUUCACCUUCGACGCCGUCUACGACGCCAGCUCCAAGCAGGCUGAUCUGUACGACGAGACGGUGCGGCCGCUGGUGGACUCGGUGCUGCGAGGGUUCAACGGCACCGUGCUGGCCUACGGGCAGACGGGCACCGGCAAAACCUACACCAUGCAGGGAGCGUGGGGGGACCCCGAGACGCGCGGCAUCAUCCCCAGCUCCUUCGAGCACAUCUUCACGCACAUCUCGCGCUCGCAGAACCAGCAGUACCUGGUGCGCGCCUCCUACCUGGAGAUCUACCAGGAGGAGAUCCGCGAUCUGUUGGCCAAGGACCAGAGCAAGAAGUUGGAGCUGAAGGAAAACCCCGAGACGGGCGUCUACAUCAAGGACCUGUCCUCCUUCGUCACCAAGAACGUGAAGGAGAUCGAACACGUGAUGAACCUGGGUAGCCAGGCGCGUUCGGUGGGCAGCACCAACAUGAACGAGCGCAGCUCCCGCUCGCACGCCAUCUUCCUCAUCACGGUGGAGUGCAGCGAGACGGGGCCGGAUGGCCACGAGCACAUCCGUGUCGGGAAGCUCAACCUGGUGGACCUGGCGGGCAGCGAGCGGCAGAGCAAAACGGGCGGCCCAGGCGAGCGGCCCAAAGAGGCCUCCAAGAUCAACCUGUCCCUCUCCGCUUUGGGCAACGUCAUCUCGGCGCUGGUGGACGGCAAAAGCACGCACGUCCCGUACCGGGACUCCAAGCUGACCCGCUUGCUGCAGGACUCGCUGGGCGGCAAUGCCAAGACCAUCAUGGUGGCCACCUUGGGCCCGGCGUCUCACAGUUACGAGGAGAGCCUCUCCACCCUCCGGUUCGCCAACAGGGCCAAGAACAUCAAGAACAAGCCUCGGGUGAACGAGGACCCCAAGGACACGUUGCUGCGGGAGUUCCAGGAGGAGAUCGUGAGGCUGAAGGCGCAGCUGGAGAGGCGCGGCAUGCUGAGCAAGAAGAGGAGGAGGAGCAGCCGGAGGAAGAAGGCGGCGGAUGGGGAGACGGCGCAGGAGAACGAAGGGGAAGAUGACAAUGAAGAUGGGCUGGAGAAGAACAUGGAGAACUACCUGCAGGAGCAAAAGGAGAGGCUGGAAGAGGAGAAGGCCGCUAUCCGUGAUGACCACAGCUUGGUGAGCGAGGAGAAGCAGAAGCUGCUGGAGGAGAAGGAGAAGAUGAUCGAGGACCUGCGGAAGGAGCAGGAGGCCACGGAGCUGCUGGCCACCAAGUACAAGGUAAGUUUUGUGAUGUGCUGGUACCAGUGGGUGCCGCUGGGUGGGACCUGAUUUGCCUGGGGACAGCUGUGGAGUACUUGAGUGCGUGGCCAAGUGGGAUGGUGGUGACCAAGCAGGAUGACCAAGUAGGGUGAUGAUGCAGGAUGACCAAGCAGAGUGACCAAGCAGGAUGACUGAGCAAGGUGACCAAGCAAGGUGACCGAGCAGGGUGGCCAAGCAAGGAGACCAAGCAGGGUGGCCAAGCAGGGUGGCCAAGCAAGGUGACCAAGCAGGGUGGCCAAGCAAGGUGGCCAAGUAAAGUAAGCAAGUAGGGUGAUCAAAUGAGGUGGCCAAACGAAUUGACCAAGUAGGCUGGCCAAAUAAGGUAGACAGAGGUAGGGUGGCUAGCAGGGUCCCCACAUGAGGUGCCCAAGCAAUGUUUCCAAGAAAGGUGGCCAAAAAGGGUGACCAAGUGGGGUAGUUAAGUGAGGUGGCUUGCAGGGUCCCUGAGCACAGUCCUUGAGAGGUGGCCAAGUAGGGUGAUAAAGCAGGAUGACCAAGCAGAGUGACCAAGCAAGGUUGCAAACCAAGGUGGUCAAGUAGGGUAGCCAGGUGAGGUGGCUAGCAGAGUCCUCAGGAAGGGUCUGCACACAAAGUGCCCAAGUAGUGUCCCCAAGGAAGGUGUCCAAGUAGGAUGACCGAGCAAGGUGGCCAUGUAGGGCAGCCAAGUAAGGUGGCUAGCAUGGCCCCAAGCAUGGUACCUAAGCAGGGUCCCAAAGCAAGGUGACCAAGCAAGGUCCCCAGUCAGGAUGCCCAAGUGUGGUACACAAGCAGGGGAGCCCCACUCCCCUGGGCAGUGUUGGACUGAGGUUGCUCACAGACACAUCCUGGCAUUGUGGGGGAACCUUUUGUGGAGGCUGCUGAGGGCGUGGGGCAGGCAGGGCUACCCAGCCAUGCCCGCUGAUGGCACCAGCGUGCUGUGCUGUGCUCAGCACAACAAAGCAGCUCACGGCAGAGAGAGGGAGUGAUGCUGCACGUUGGGACUGCUGCCUCCAAGCAGCCCCGGGAACACGCCCAGGGCUCAGGGAUGCUCUGGGAUGCACUUGGCUGCACGGAUGGGUCUCCAGUACUGAGAUGGGAAGGAAGCCUGGGUGUCCCAACACACAGCAUCACAGCCCUGCUGGCAUUCUUCGUGUUACAUCGCCAGGAUUUGGGGGAUUGGAGGAAGGGAUGCUGGGGCAGGGCUCCGGGCCAGCACUGGGCUCCCUGCUGUGCCAUGGCUACAGGGUGGGAUCCCUGCCAUACAGGGGUGGUGGCAGCAUAAAGACAGGGACCAGCAGCCCUGAGGACAUAUGGCUGUACCCAGGGAUGCAUGGCCAUGCCCAGGGGUGCGUGGCACAUUCCCACCAUGGUGCUGCACCACUGGCAGCUGUCCUGCAGUGUCUCCUUGUCCUGCACAGCACAGUGGGUCUGGCUCGGGGCCACGGUGUGUCUGGUAAUUGCUGAGUAAUGAGGCAGGG